CCGCAACAAGUCGACAAGACCUCCCAAAAAAGUCCCUUGAUAAGGCUCUCCCCUAUUUAGAAACCCCCGACCCAGUCGAAACCAAUAGUAGAGACCAAAAGGAGAGCUUAUUAAGCCCUUUACCAGCUAUGACCGCCGAGCUCACUCCUUCCAUCGAAGAACAGGCACUCACUUCUCCGGGCCCAUUUGAAGGUCCCGAAAAGCUUUUGGAAGUAUGGUUCGCCCCUUCUAUAGAAGAGUUGCCUUCCGCUGAGGAGGUUGAGGGGAAAGUUGCCGGCGGGUUGAAUGCGCGUCCUGCAAAGGAAAAUGGAGAAUGGCAGGGCUUGAGGAAGGUGCCGAGAGAGGUCUGGGAGGAGAUGUUGGAUAUUGUAAAGUGCAAGGUUUUGAGUAUGGUAGAAGGCGAUGAUUUGGAUGCUUACCUCUUAUCGGAAUCAUCACUCUUCGUCGCUCCUCAUGUGCUUAUCCUCAAGACAUGCGGCACCACCCUCAACCUUCUCGGUCUUUAUCGUAUCAUUGAAAUUGCGCGUGAAUACUGUGGAUUCAACAAUGUGUGGAGGUGCUUUUAUUCGAGAAAGAGUUUUUUCUUCCCAGAGAGGCAACAAGGUCCUCAUAGGGAUUGGAGAGAUGAAGUGCAGUUUUUGGACAGCGUCUUUGGAACGGCGGGUGCAGCGUAUACUGUUGGUCCUAUGAACAGGGACCAUUGGCUCUUAUACCUCACGACACCCAACUCCCAACCUAUCCUCCCGUCCGACCCCAAACCUUGCACUCUUUCUCUCCCUGCGCCUUCCCCUUCUUCUUCUAUUCCUACAUUCUCCUCGUCUUCUACCGUCACGUACCAAGACACUACCCUCGAAAUCCUCAUGACCCAUCUCUCUCCCUCUGCCCGUGCUCCCUUUUUCCACGACUCGGACUCCUUCUCCUCUCCCUCGACCACCCCGGGCCAUGUCCUUGGUGAGGCCAUUUCCCACAAGCUUGGGAUUGAUGCCCUUUUCUCAAAGGACGAGACCACCUUGGAUUCGUUUGGGUUUGAUCCAUGUGGGUAUAGCGCAAAUGCGGUGAUUGGGAGUGGACUGCCUGUUUCGGGCAAGGGCGGCAAGGAAGGCGGGGGUUACUUUACGAUUCAUGUGACUCCUGAAGAAGGAUGGUCAUAUGCUUCGUUCGAGUGCAACGUCCCUCUGCCAUUCUCCUCUUCGUCUUCCCCGGGAGCCCUCGCCAAGAGACCAGACUUGCAAACACUUAUCCGUAACGUCGUCAACAUCUUCCAACCCUCCCGUCUCUCCAUCACUCUUUUCGUCUCCACGCCUCCAUCAUCCUCUGGCCCUGGCUCGAGCGAAGCAGAAGUCAAAGCUUGGAACUCAUUCGGAACGGACCUGUUGGGUAACGAGUUUGUGCGCAAGGACAGGAUAGGGUACGAGUUUGAUGGGUAUGAUUUGGUGUUUGCUUGUUUUGAGAAGAAGGGUUGGGUGGAAUCACAGUUGGCGUUGGGUUCGGAGACCAAGAAGAGUUUAUGAGUGUUACGAACGUGGGUUGGAGAUGAGCGACGAAUUCGCGACGGGGAUGAUGAGAAGAUGAAAGAGGUCGCUUAUAUGUCGAUGUUACGACUGUCGGGGUGGUCAGCGGUAACGCCUUUUUUGGUUUCUUUCCUUUAUUUGACCUUUGUCUAUUUUAGAUUUUACAUACCAAUUCUUUUCGUAUUUUCCGUAUCAUUUUCAUCCCGUUUACCAACAACUUUUAACUGGGCGGCCGCCUUUUUUUCUUGAGCAGCGGCUUUUUGCGUUUUUUGCGUUUUUUUGCGUGUCAGAAUAAUACCCUAUUGUGCGUAUUGCGAUGAUUUUCAUGGUUUGUUCGCCGAUUACUUUGUUCGUUUUACUGCUCGUCGUCGUCUUUGUUCGUCCGUGUUUUGACUGCCGUGACUGAUCGACUUGUUCCUACAUUCGACGACUUUUUGCAUUGACACCCCAUCUUGACGAGUGCUAUAUCACUAGAAAAUCCAACAAAAAGCGUAAAUCAAAGCAUCACGCCAAGACAUCCCACAAAGUGGCUAUAACAGAUAGGGGAACCUCUGUUUAAA